AAUAGGAAACGCAAUCUGUCGCGAGGUCUACACUGAACAUUGUGUCCCAAGAAACGCAUUUUCUGCUGCGCAACACACAUCCAGAAGUCUGAUUUCAGUCGACUGUUUCUUCAAGAAAUAAUCGCUACGAUGUCGAUGACAGUGAAAGCUUACCUGAUCGGCAAGGACGACUGCAAUAAGGAGAUCCGUCGCUUUGCUAUAGAUCAAGAUGUGUCUACAAGUUUCGAGUAUUUGAAACGAAAAUUGAUCGAUGUUUUUGUUGGGCUCAGGACUGCGCCCUUUCAAAUGUACUACAAAGACGAGGAUGGCGAUAUGAUCGCUUUCUCCUCCGACGAUGAGCUCAUGAUGGGUUUGGCUCUGGUGAAGGACGACACCUUCCGUCUAUUCAUCAAACAAAGAAAGGAACAUAAACGUGAUCCCUCCCCUCAUGGGAUCCCUGGAUUCGCAUUUGCCUCCCACUGCAGUCCUCCAGGACCUCCCCAUAUGGGCCCUCCUCACAUGGGCCCACCAGGACCACCUCAUAUGGGCCCACCAGGGCAUCAUCAUCCAGGGCCUCACCCUCAUCUCCCUCCAAUGGUGCACCAAGGUGUAACCUGUGAUGGGUGCGAGGGGCCGGUGGCUGGAACCCGUUUCAAGUGCACAGUUUGCCCCGAUUAUGACUUGUGCUCUACUUGUCAGGGCAAAGGCCUCCACAAGGAGCAUGCUCUCCUUCCCAUCUUCCACCCGUUGACCAACAUGUUUGAGUGGUUCCCUCGUGGGAAGCAUUGGCGCAAAAUGAGACACUGCUUGUGGGCACAAGCUCAAGCCCAAACCCAAGCUCAAAACCAGGCUCAGCCGGGUCCCUCUGGAGCCCAGGAAAACCAGGAUACCUCUGCAAAGACAGGGGAGAAUGGUGCAACUGGCGCCUCCCAGGCUAAUGUAGAUUACCUGAAGAACAUUGGAGAAGAAGUGGCUGCCAUGUUGAGCCCUCUUGGAAUAGAUGUAGACAUUGAUGUUGAGCAUGAUGGCAAGAGGACCAAAGUUACUGCAACUCCUUCCACUUCCAGCGGACCACCUAGUGCCCCGAGUGACCUUGAACAGUGGCUUCUCUCCAGAGGUUCGGGACCAGAAAGUCAGGGCACUGAAGAAAGCACCAGUGAGGAAACAAAGGGCCAGAAAGACCAAGUCAGCGAUGAGGAAUGGACCCAUCUCAGCUCCAAAGAAGUCGACCCCUCCACAGGAGAGCUGCAGUCCCUCAAGAUAGAGCCGGAUGGGGCAGAUGAUAAAGCAGCUCCUCUAAGCACCGCCUCCAGCACAGGUGCUACACAGGGUCCGACAGGUCUACGUGAGGCAGCUCUUUAUCCACACCUUCCCCAAGAUGCAGACCCUAAGCUGGUGGAGUCCCUUUCUCAGAUGCUCUCCAUGGGCUUUACUGAUGAGGGCGGCUGGCUCACCAGACUCCUCCAUGCCAAAAAUUACGACAUUGGAGGUGCUCUGGACACCAUUCAAUUUUCUAAACCACAUGGCCCAAAGAAGUAAAAGAAAAGCACAGGAAUACAGAAGAUCUGGGCUAUAUUUACUCAAUGUUUGAAGUUCCUGCCAAUACUAGAGCAUUUUCUACCAAUAGAGUCUUUCUAUACUUUUUCAAUGACAAUUUCUUAUUAUAAUGUUAACAAUACAGAUUACUCGGGUGACUAGCAUAAUACUUAAUUCCGUUAUUGGGUUUUAUGCAAAAUAGUAAUAAGAAAGAUCUUUAUAUCAUGUAUGCAAAUUACUUUCAGGUUGUUGAUUAGUGACAUAAUGACAUAGAAGUUCUGUGUGCAUUUCCUUAACACAAACAGAUUUUGUUAGACGAGGCAAAAACCUGUGAUGUUUGUAUUACUAGGUAGAAUAAACAGAUGGAAUUAAGUAAAUAUUAGGUCUUCUAAAAUUCCUGUCUUUUCUAUCCCUAAUAAAAUAUUAAUCUAAAAUAUUA